AACAUGUCUAGGCAAUCCCCUGGUAUAUACACUGAGAAAGGAAAUGAGUCGGUCCAAACAGGGGCAACUGUCCAAAUAGUUAGUAGCAACAAGCAUACCUGGACUCGCUGCAGGCUCUCUCUCUCGUCCUUGUGUUCCUUCUCUUCCCUUUCACCACAUAAACACACACACACCCUCUCUCCUCUCUCUCUCUCUCUCUCUCUCUCUCUCUCUCUCCUACCACAGCAUCAGAGCUAAUGGCGGCUCUUAAUGUUCCGACCAGAAUGUCCCUGAAACCUGACCGGACCUGGUCCACUGAUCGGUUGGCUUCCUCCCAGAGUCUGGGAGAACUUAUUGCCUUUGACUAUAGACCCAAGAGAAGAAAUGGCCGGAAGCAAGUUUUGACUGUUAGAUCAGUGAGGAUCACUCAGCAGAGCAGCAGUGGAGACAGUCCUACCUCACCCGAUGGUCCUGUUGGUCCCGUUGGGUUGAACUUGGAUUAUGAAAUUCAGGCUGAUGAUGAUUACCAUGUUGGUCAAGGAAGGGCAUUUGCAAGUGGUCGAAGAAAAACUAAGAUAGUUUGUACAAUUGGUCCAUCCACAAGCUCACGUGAAAUGAUAUGGAAACUUGCUGAAACCGGGAUGAAUGUAGCACGUUUGAAUAUGUCUCAUGGGGACCAUACGUCGCACCAGAAAACUAUUGAUCUUGUCAAAGAAUACAACUCUCAAUUCAAAGAUAAGGUUAUAGCCAUAAUGCUGGACACCAAGGGUCCUGAGGUUAGGAGUGGAGAUGUACCAAAACCAAUUCUGCUUACAGAGGGACAAGAGUUUAGCUUUACAAUUAAAAGGGGAGUUUGCACAAAAGAUACUGUUAGUGUAAACUAUGACGACUUUGUGAACGAUGUGGAGGCUGGAGACAUAGUUCUGGUUGAUGGUGGAAUGAUGUCUUUAGCCGUGAAGUCAAAGACAAAAGAUGUGGUAAAAUGUGUAGUAGUUGACGGAGGGGAAUUAAAAUCUAGGCGCCAUUUAAAUGUGCGUGGAAAAAGUGCAACUCUGCCUUCAAUAACAGAAAAAGACUGGGAAGAUAUUAAGUUCGGGGUGGACAAUGGAGUUGAUUUCUAUGCUGUCUCAUUUGUAAAAACUGCAGCGGUGGUUCAUGAAUUGAAAGAUUAUCUCAAAGGUUGUAAUGCGGAUAUUCAUGUUCUUGUAAAAAUUGAAAGUGCAGAUUCUAUUCCAAAUCUUCACUCAAUAAUCUCUGCAUCUGACGGGGCUAUGAUUGCUCGUGGAGACCUUGGAGCUGAGCUUCCCAUUGAGGAGGUUCCUUUAUUGCAGGAAGACAUCAUUAGAAGGUGUCACAGCAUGCAGAAACCAAGUAUUGUAGCAACUAAUAUGUUGGAGAGCAUGAUUGAUCAUCCUACACCAACCAGGGCAGAAGUUUCUGACAUUGCAAUUGCAGUGAGAGAAGGCACUGAUGCAAUCAUGCUUUCUGGAGAAACUGCCCAUGGAAAAUAUCCACUCAAAGCUGUUAAAGUUAUGCAUACUGUGGCAUUGAGGACCGAGUCAAGUCUACCGAUCAGCACUAUUCCUCCAAUCCAAAUGAGUGCCUACAAGAGACAUAUGGGGGAAAUGUUUGCUUUCCACUCUACAACUAUGGCCAAUAGUCUCAAUACACCCAUCAUUGUUUUCACGAGGACAGGAUCCAUGGCUAUACUUCUAAGCCAUUAUAGGCCAUGCUCGACGAUCUUUGCCUUCACAAAUGAAGAAAGGCUAAAGCAGAGAUUGGUGCUUUAUCAAGGUGUCCUCCCAAUAUAUAUGCAGUUCUCAAAUGAUUCAGAGGAGACUUACUCAAGAGCAGUACAACUAUUAGUGGCUAAGGGUCAUUUGAAAGAGGGUGGGUAUGUUACUCUAGUCCAAAGUGGCGCACAAUCAAUCUGGCGCAAAGAAUCUUCUCAUCAUAUCCAAGUUCGUAAGGUGGAAAGUAAUUUGAACCGAUGAAAUUUGUUUUAAUUUGUUUUCACUCAUAAUCAAAUUUACAUUUGAGUUUGAACUUGCUGAAAUCUCAUGAAUAUAGUCCCAAUUUUGAAUGCAAAAGUAUAUCAAGUUGUUUUAUAUCAAAUACAUUAAGCAGUCACCUCACUACCAGUUUUAGAAGUUGCAGUGUAU